ACAACAACAACAACAGCAGGAUCACCAUGGCCAACAACAACAGAAGGAUAUCCAUGGCCAACAACAACAACAGCAGGAUCACCAUGGCCAACAACAACAACUGGAUAUCCAGGAAAUUAUGUUACCUCUAUAUAUUCAAGUGUAUUAACAAUGGAUAACGAACAAUAUCCCGAAUCAAACAAAUACUACGAAGCGAUUCAGGUCAUUGCCAGGGCAAGCGGUCAAUACAGCUUGGCAAGUUUAAGUAAUAUGGAUACAUAUGGUUAUCUCUACAAUGGUAUUUUCUAUCUUGUCAGUCAAACUGUCAAUCUCGUAACACACAACGAUGAUUAUGAUGGCAGCAGUCAGUUUAAAUUGAUCUCUACUCUUGAGGCAGGCGUUUCUUAUACAUUAGUUUUUACAACGUACGCCGGAGGUGUUACUGGUCCAUUCUCAAUUGUAGCAUCUGGCCCGGGUCAAGUCGACUUUAUCACAAUUAAUAAUUCAUCAAGGAAAUAA